AUGGCUUUCAUAACACCAGAAAUUAAAGCUGUCUUCAACUAUGAUAAUUUUCGCUUCGCCUCAAACUUCGACGUACAAGCUCAAUCCGCUUUACUCCGUCCCAAUCCCAAGCUUGAACAAUGCUUGACCAACUCGGCAGCCAAAGGCCUUCCACCCAUCAGUGUUCUCCCCAUGGCUGGUCAACAUCUAUCCAUUCUCGCUCAGCUCAUGAAAGUCAAGUCAGUUCUCGAAAUUGGCACGCUGGGGGGCUAUUCAACCAUAUGUUUUGCGGAAGCAGGAGCCAAGGUGACCAGUAUCGAAAUCGACCCAAAACACCGGGACACGGCGUUGGAGAAUGUCAAAGGCCUCGAUGCGGAGAUUCUGCUUGGAUCAGCGCUGGAUGUAUUGCCGAAACUUGCGGAGGAAGGGAGGCAGUUUGACAUGGUAUUUAUCGACGCGGACUUUGAAGAUCAGUGGGAGCACUUCGACUGGGCGGUCAAGUUGACGCGUCCAGGUGGAUGUGUCUUUCUCGAUGAUGUGAUUCCAUCAAUGAUUAAGAAUGGACAGGAGGAAGGGGGAGAGACUAUCUUGACACAGAUUGGCAGAGAUGAGCGAGUUCAGGCCACGCUGAUGCCGACAGUGGCUUGCCAUUCGAUGAUACCUACACCGGUAUUUACUGGCUUUAUCCUCGCUGUGGUUAAGAGCCACUGA